AUGUUCGGAUCUACCAAACCACUUCGAACACUCAAUGUGUAUGACAAAGGCAGCACCUACACCAUCCUCGACACCGACGAUGCGACUCUCCUCUACACCGUCCGCUGGAACGCCAACUCCGCCCCUCACAUGACAGUGUUCCACGCCGAUGACCGCAACAAAAUCGCCGGCACCGCCACCUAUCACGCUACCAAGAAGUUCGGGUUCUCCACAGCCUCGAACAUCACCCUCAAGCUCCCCUCCGGUACCGUGUCGAUGAACAAAGAAGGCGGCCUGUUCUCCACCGACAAACGCACUCUUCGAAGCGCAGGGUUGGGGGAGGUGUAUUGGAAGGGAGGAUAUUCCGAGACCGGAUUCAUGAAGCUCGUGGAUGGAAACGGGAAGAGUUUGGUUGAGUAUAAGGAUAUGAGAAUGAGCAUGAAGACGAUGGGGAUUUUGGAGAUAAAUGUGGAGCUCGGACAGGAGGGAUUGGAUGAGGUUGUUGUGAGCGGAAUUGCGAUGCUGUCGGAGGAAAGGACCAGUAUGAGUGCCACUGGCGCGGCGAUGAGUCAAUCUUGA